AUGACCAAAACUCCCUUAGCAGUUGAAAGUAUUCGUGAAAUAGAAAUUCCCUUAAUUGAAACUUUAAAUGACGAAUUUUGUUCAAAUUCUGCAAUGUUAUCUGUAAACAUGCAAAAAACUGCUACUAUAGUUGAUGAUUGCUAUGAUUCACUCAGCAAUCUUGAUUCUGAAAAUUUCACACCAUUUUCUAAAAUUAAUGAAUUUAAAGUAUAUGGCGGAUAUACCCUAGAAGACUUGGAUACGAACGUCGAUACUACUUCCAUCCCAGAAUCAGAAGUAGUUUCUGAGUAUUUUGAUAUUUACAGCACUAAUGAAUCAUUGGAUAAAAUUUAUUCCCUCGAUUCUAUCUCACAAAAAUGGGAUUUUGACUACUCACCGAAUAUUUCUGAUCAAACAACAAAAUCAGAUGACACUACCAUCGUGGAAAGUUUUAACAACGAACUUUCUAAUGUAGAGCAGGAUUUAACCCCUUUCUGUGAAGAUGAAUUCAGAUAUGUAACAUGUAGGUGGAAGAGUAUUUAUAAAUCUUCUAGUAACACCUAUGACAUUGAAUCACAAUCAAAAAACGAAUGCGUUGAAUGUAGUGAAAAUAUUAAUCUAAGGAAUAAGAGGAAAUACAGUAAUAUUGGUUUGUAUAAUGGUAUAUCCUCUGAAAAAAAAACUCAUCUACUUCAAACUUCAAAUGAUUCAAAAGGUAGUAAGCAGCUCAUUUUAGAAAACAAUGCUCUAAUAACUCUCAGUGUGCCUAUAUUGGAAAAUUCCUUCCAUUUCAUACCAACACUGUCUCAUAAAUGUGCAAAGCUUGUAUCACAACACCCAAUUAAUACAAAUUACUGUGUUUAUGUCGGGGCUGACUAUAAUAAACUCGUCUGUAGCUGUGAUAUGGGUCAUCACAAAGGUUCUAAUUCACACUCUACAAGCUGUAAGGUUGUAGUCGGUGGUAUAGAAUUGUCCACAGAAUCGUGGCCAGUUUCAAGGGCUUCAAAACUUUAUCUAUCGGUAAAUAAUUGGGAUCGGCGCUUAAACAAGUAUCAUAAGUCUGCAGGAAACAUAGUAAAGGAUAAUUUUAACGGACAUAACUCGAAGGAUAACUUUUGUCUUCUCUACAAACAUAAGCAUGAUGAUGUAAAGAUUCAACAACGAAUAGAACCCUGCCCUUGUACCUCUCCUGACGGUGAGCCAAUGUCUAUAUGUGAUAUACACAUUGACAAGUAUAAAGAUGAACUACUUAAAAUUGGAAAUAUUCUAAUUUCAGAAAUAACAGGUAUAAAGAUGAAAGAUGAACCGAAAAUUAAUCAGGAAAAGGAAAUUUUCUCCGAAACACCAAAAAAAACACCAACAGAAGGUCAUAAGGACACAGGGAAAAGACGUAGGCUAUAUAAACAAAAAUCCCUCGUAAAUUUAUCGGAAACAACCAAAUUCGUUUCAGACAACGACGUAGAAAGCAAGACUUUUGAUGUACAAUCAAGCAAUGGAUCUGAAUCUGGCAACGAUGUCCCAGAUCACAGACUGCGCACCUGCAAACACGAGUUGAAUAAUAAUAAUAAUGAAAAGGUUAGUGGAGUAUGGUAUGAUACAAAUCGCCAUUUGUGGCGUGUGGUAUAUAUGAAGGGGAAUAAGAGGAAAACACAGGGAUUCAGCACUCUUAAACUUGGUUAUGAAGAAGCCAGAAGAAAGGCUAUUCAAUUACGGCACGAAAUGGUUGCACUUUACCAAAAUGACAAAUUUUGA